GCCCCGCAGCUUAUAAACCGUCCCCUCCAGGAGCCCCUGGCGCGGUGGUAGGAAAGCGCGCGAUGGCGCCUGUCAGUGUCCCCGCGGGGAGAGCUUCGGCUGGCGUCCAAACUCGAGGCAAACCAGACGCCUGUCCCUCGGGUCGUCGCUCCAGGACCAGCGAGGCAGCGUCCCGGGUGAAGAAUGCAUGAUUCCCUUCCAUCUGCCUCCCUCCAGCAAGGCAAUCAUCAGCUCAGGGGCAAGACCUUGCUGAGGCAAAAGCUUUCAUACUGUUUACCAGAGACUCACAGUAAGAGCGACAUCUUCAGAACUUGGAGAAAAGCAAAUGAUUGUGAUGAGCCUCUGGUGUCAACCUUGUCUCCAGCAUCGUUCAGCAGUUCAUCUGAACUUUCUAGCAGUCACGGUCCUGGAUUUGCAAGGCUAAAUCGAAGAGAUGGAGCCGGUGGCUGGUCUCCACUUGUGUCCAACAAAUACCAGUGGCUGCAGAUUGACCUUGGAGAGAGGAUGGAGGUCACAGCCGUGGCCACCCAAGGGGGGUAUGGGAGCUCCGACUGGGUGACCAGUUACCUCUUGAUGUUCAGUGACAGUGGCAGGAACUGGAAACAAUAUCGACAAGAAGACAGCAUCUGGGGCUUUUCAGGAAAUGCAAAUGCAGACAGUGUUGUGUACUAUAGACUCCAGCCUUCUAUCAAAGCCCGAUUUCUGCGCUUCAUCCCUUUAGAGUGGAACCCCAGGGGCAGAAUUGGAAUGCGGAUCGAGGUGUUUGGAUGUGCAUACAGAUCAGAGGUGCUUGAUUUUGAUGGAAAAAGUUCCCUUCUCUAUAGAUUUGAUCAAAACUCCCUAAGCCCAAUAAAGGAUAUUAUUUCUUUGAAAUUUAAAACUAUGCAGAGUGAUGGAAUUCUGCUCCACCGAGAAGGGCAAAAUGGAGAUCAUAUCACGCUGGACUUACGAAGAGGAAAACUCUUUUUACUUAUUAAUUCAGGUGAGGCCACACUGGCCUCCGCUCCCACGCUGAUCAGUCUCACCCUGGGCAGCCUCCUGGACGACCAGCACUGGCACUCGGUGCUCCUCCAGCGCUCGGGCAGACACGUGAACUUCACAGUGGACGAGCACCGGCGUAGUUUCCGCGCCCAGGGAGACUUCAGUUACCUGGACCUUGAUCAUGAGAUCAGCUUUGGAGGGAUUCCAGCACCUGGAAAAUCAGUGUCAUUCCCCCAUAAAAAUUUUCAUGGGUGUCUAGAAAAUGUCUAUUACAAUGGAAUAGAUAUCAUUGACUUGGCCAAGCAACAAAAGCCAGAGAUCAUCACUAUGGGAAAUGUGUCGUUUUCUUGCUCACAGUCACAGUCCGUGCCUGUGACUUUUCUCAGCCUCAGGAGUUACUUAGCCCUACCAGGCUUUCCUGGGGAGGACGAGCUGUCUGCUACUUUUCAAUUUCGAACCUGGAACAAGGCAGGACUUCUGCUAUUCAGUGAACUUCAGCUGGUUUCAGGGGGUCUCCUCCUCUUUCUUAAUGAUGGAAAACUUAAGCUGAAUCUCUACCAGCCAGGAAAAUUACCCAGUGACCUCACAGCAGGUGUUGGAUUAAAUGAUGGGCAGUGGCAUUCUGUCUUCUUAUCUGCCAAAAGGAAUCACUUGAGCGUGGGAGUGGACGGCCAGGUGGCCUCUGCUGCUUCUUCCCUGGGGUCCGAGCAGAUGUAUUCAGGUGGUGCCUAUUAUUUCGGAGGUUGUCCUGACAACAGCUUUGGAUCCAAAUGUGAAAGUCCAGUUGGUGGGUUUCAGGGAUGUAUGAGACUCAUUUCUAUCAGUGACAAGGUGGUGGAUCUGAUUUCAGUGCAGCAGGGGUCCCUUGGGAACUUCAGUGACCUUCAGAUAGACUCGUGUGGAAUCACAGACAGGUGUUUGCCCAACUACUGUGAACACGGCGGUGAAUGUUCCCAGUCCUGGAAUACUUUUCACUGCAACUGUGCAAACACUGGUUACACAGGAGCUACCUGCCACAACUCUAUCUAUGAGAAGUCAUGUGAAUCCUAUAAGCACAGAGGAAAUACUUCAGGGUUUUACUAUAUAGAUUCAGACGGAAGUGGUCCCCUGGAACCCUUUCUUCUAUAUUGCAAUAUGACUGAAACUGCAUGGACCGUCAUACGGCACAAUGGCUCUGACCUAACGAGAGUCAGAAACACUAACCCAGAGAACCCGUACGCUGGGUUUUUCGAGUAUGUGGCCAGCAUGGAGCAGCUCCAGGCCACAAUUAACCUUGCGGAGCACUGCGAACAGGAGCUCACCUACUACUGCAAGAAGUCACGACUUGCCAAUAAACAAGAUGGAAGCCCUCUGAGUUGGUGGGUUGGAAGAACCAAUGAAACACAGACGUACUGGGGAGGUUCUUUGCCUGAUCCUCAAAAGUGUACUUGUGGACUAGAAGGGAACUGCAUCGAUUCUCAGUAUUACUGCAACUGUGAUGCUGACCGAAAUGAAUGGACCAAUGACACUGGAUUCCUUUCUUACAAAGAACACCUGCCAGUGAGGAAGAUCGUGGUUACGGACACGGGCCGGCCACAGUCGGAAGCAGCUUACAAACUGGGACCUCUCCUCUGCCGGGGGGACAGAUCAUUUUGGAAUUCAGCUUCCUUCAAUACUGAGGCUUCAUACCUUCAUUUUCCUACUUUCCAUGGAGAACUUAGUGCAGAUGUGUCUUUCUUUUUUAAGACAACAGCUUCAUCUGGGGUGUUUUUAGAGAACCUGGGGAUUACCGAUUUUAUAAGGAUAGAGCUACGCUCGCCGGCAGUGGUGACCUUUUCAUUUGAUGUGGGGAACGGACCUUUUGAAAUCUCAGUUCAGUCACCCACUCAUUUCAAUGACAACCAGUGGCACCACGUCAAGGUUGAAAGGAACAUGAAAGAGGCAACUAUUCAAGUGGACCAGCUCUUCCCGAAGACACAGCCCGCUCCCACGGAUGGGCAUGUCCUUUUACAGCUCAACAGUCAGCUCUUCGUGGGUGGAACGGCCACCAGACAGAGGGGCUUCCUGGGCUGCAUUCGGUCUCUGCAGUUGAACGGGAUGUCCCUGGACCUGGAAGAGCGGGCUAAGGUGACCCCCGGCGUGGAGCCCGGCUGUAGAGGCCACUGCAGCAGCUACGGGAAGUUGUGUCUCAACGGCGGGAAGUGCAGAGAAAAGCUCAGUGGCUUCUCCUGUGACUGCACCUUCUCUGCAUAUACUGGGCCGUUCUGCUCCAAAGAGAUUUCUGCACAUUUUGGCUCUGGCUCAUCUGUGGUUUACAAUUUUCAAGAAAAUUAUUCCUUAAAUAAAAAUUCCAGCUCCCAUGCUGCCUCGUUUCACGGCGAUAAGAAGCUGAGCAGAGAAAUGAUCAAAUUUAGCUUCCGAACAUCGCGAGCACCAAGCUUACUGCUUUAUGUGAGCUCCUUUUAUAAAGAAUACCUUUCAGUUAUCAUUGCCAAAAAUGGAAGUUUGCAGAUCAGAUACAAGCUAAAUAGACAUCAGGAACUUGAUGUCAUUAACUUUGAUUUCAAAAACAUGGCGGAUGGACAGCUUCACCACGUAGAGAUCAACAGAGACGAAGGAGUGCUCUUUGUAGAGAUUGACGACAAUGCAAGGAGACAAGUUCAUCUGUCAUCAGGUACAGAAUUCAGUGCCAUCAGGUCUCUUGUGCUGGGCCGGAUUUCAGAACACAGUGAUGUAGACCAGGAGACAGCCCUGGCUGGUGCACAGGGCUUCCUGGGUUGUCUCUCCGCUGUGCAGCUCAGCCAUGUGGCCCCUCUGAAGGCGGCGCUGCAACCCAGCCACCCGGCCCCUGUCACCAUCUUGGGACAUGUGACAGAGUCCAGCUGUGUCUCCCAGGCUGGCACUGAUGCCACAUCAAGGGAGAGGACACACUCAUUUGCAGAUCAUUCUGGAACAAGAGAUGACAGAGAACCCCUAGCUAAUGCAAUCAGAAGUGACUCUGCAGUAAUUGGAGGUCUGAUAGCCGUUGUGAUCUUCAUCCUGCUGUGCAUUGUGGCCGUAGCUGCUCGCAUUUAUCAGCAGAAAAGGUUAUACAAAAGAAAAGAGGCAAAAAGGUCAGAGAAUGUAGACAGUGCCGCGGCCGUUCUGAAAAGUGAGCUUAAUACACAAAGCGCAGCCAGUGAAAAUCAGAAAGAGUACUUCUUCUGACUGGCAGCUGCGUUUUACCGCACAGUCCCGACUGUCUGUUUUAAUAGCCGGGGGCUCUCAACGGACAAGAACAUGUUCUUCCACUGAAGGCACAGGCAGUUGAUUUGCAGCCCUGCCGUCUUACCGCGUCCAGACUCAAGAUGGCUCCGGGAGGCCUCAUCCACCGAUGUAUUUCCCAUAGCAGUCGUUCUAGAGAACAAGGAAUUAGCUAUUGCUCUUAAUUUCUGACCGUUC